CCGACAUGGCGUCGAGUGAGUGAAGAAAGUGCCUCCUGAGUGGGUGCCGCCAGGCGGCCCGGCUCGCAGACCCCCGCCCAGCCCCAGGAUGCGGCCGUCGCACCACUGCGGGCACCUCCUGGAGCGGCUGAACGCGCAGCGCGAGGCGGGCUUUCUGUGCGACUGCACGGUGGUCAUCGGCGAGCAGCAGUUCCGAGCGCACCGCAACGUGCUGGCCUCCUUCAGCGAGUACUUUGGCGCCGUGUACCGGGACUCCCCGCACAGCGACGUCUUCCUGGACCAGAGCCAGGUGAAGGCUGACGGCUUCCAGAAGCUGCUCGAGUUCAUCUACACCGGCACGUUGCACCUGGACAGUUGGAAUGUUAAAGAAAUUCAUCAGGCUGCAGACUAUCUCAAAGUGGAAGAGGUGGUCACUAAAUGUAAAAUAAAGAUGGAAGAUUUUGCUUUUAUUGCUAAUCCCUCUUCUACAGAGAUAUCUAGUAUUACUGGCAACAUUGAGUUGAACCAACAGACUUGCCUCCUUACUCUUCGAGAUUUUAACAAUCGGGAAAAAUCAGAAACUUCCAUUGAUUUGGUUCAGGCACAUGCCAAGAAGGUGACUUUAGAAAAGAAGUCUCCUCCAACCAAAAAGAAGAAGAAGACUUUCAAUUCUCAGAAAAAUGUGCAGAAUAAACCAGUGCAAUAUUCCAGUGACAUUUUAGAGAAUUCAUCUGUUGACAUGUUCCUAGAUAUAAGUAAAUUGCCUUCACCAGUAACAGAACAAGUUGCACAAGGAAAUGAUACCUCAGAACUCCAGCUGACUUCCGUUGUGGGAAAUGAUAGUUUUACAACACAAGAUAGCAUUUUGCAAACAGUCGCAGUGAAACAGAAACGGGGAAAAUCACAGCCAAGCUGUGCUUUGAAAGAGCACUGUAUGUCUAAUAUAGCCAGCGUCCCGAACACUUACCAGCUCGAAGCCUCUGGAGAAGACCUAGAUCAGAGUUACUCGAAGGCCAAGCCAAUGUGUAACACUUGUGGGAAAGUGUUUUCAGAAGCCAGCAGCUUAAGACGACACAUGAGAAUACACAAGGGGGUAAAGCCCUAUGUCUGCCAACUGUGUGGGAAAGCAUUCACCCAGUGUAACCAGCUGAAAACGCAUGUCAGAACUCACACAGGGGAGAAGCCAUAUAGAUGUGAGCUCUGUGACAAAGGUUUCGCUCAGAAGUGCCAGCUAGUUUUCCAUAGUCGCAUGCAUCAUGGUGAAGAGAAGCCCUAUAAGUGUGAUGUAUGCAAUUUACAAUUUGCAACUUCUAGCAAUCUCAAGAUUCAUGCUAGGAAGCAUAGUGGAGAAAAGCCAUAUGUGUGUGACAGGUGUGGACAGAGAUUUGCUCAGGCCAGCACAUUGACUUACCACGUUCGUCGGCACACCGGAGAAAAGCCUUAUGUGUGUGAUACAUGUGGGAAAGCGUUUGCGGUGUCUAGUUCCCUCAUAACUCACUCUCGAAAACAUACAGGUGAAAAACCAUACAUAUGUGGUAUUUGUGGGAAAAGUUUUAUUUCCUCAGGAGAGCUCAACAAACACUUUCGAUCCCAUACAGGAGAAAGACCAUUUAUCUGUGAAUUAUGUGGAAAUUCCUAUACUGAUAUAAAAAAUUUAAAGAAGCACAAAACAAAAGUCCAUUCUGGAUCUGAGAAGGCUCUAGAUUCCACCACGGGGGGUAACACUUUUAAUGAACAAGAUCCCAUGCAGAGGAGUCCUUUGUCAGAACCUGUAGAUGUGAAACCUUCUGAUAUGACUUUGCCAUUGACUCUUCCCCUUGGAACUGAGGACCAUCAGAUGCUGUUACCUGUAACGGAUAAUCAGUCUCCAUCAUCGGACACAUUGUUGAGAUCAACUGUAAAUGGGUAUUCAGAACCACAAUUUAUUUUUCUGCAGCAAUUAUAUUGACUUUAUGAGCAAUAUGGAAUUUACUAAAUAAAUAGCUCUGGUAGUGAACAUAGACCUCAUUGGCAAGGUGAACAUUCUCAUUCACUGUCAUUUGGGUUGUAAUCAUUAUUUUUCAUUCAGCUAAGUAAAAGCAACUGAUCCUGCA